GUAAGUCUGGCCGUAGAAGUAAGCAGCCAGAUGGACUGCCGAGCAAGGCGGGGAACUCGCGGUUGCCCCAGGCUGCCUUCCUCCGAUAGGCCCGGAAGCUUGAUCUCAUCCAUCGUCAUUCCCAACCCAACCCACUGAUUCUAUCUCAAAACAACGUCUACGCGGGGUGAUCUCUCUCCUUUGGGUCUCGUGUAUUCCAUUUACUGUCCUAUAUAUUUACUACAAUCCUUGAAUAGCCUCCUCUUCCCCCCACGCCACGUUCGAAUCUCCAAGAUGUCAGACGACGAUGACUUCAUGCAAGAUUCCGGCGACGAGGAAUAUGAUUUUGAAUACGAAGACGCAGACGAUGACGAGUCCGGAGACGUCGGAAUCGAGAACAAAUACUACAACGCCAAACAGAUGAAAGUAGACAACCCAGACGAGGCGAUCGACGAGUUUCUAGAGGUACCGGCGCUGGAGGAAGACAAAGGCGACUGGGGAUUCAAAGGACUCAAACAGGCUAUUAAGCUGGAGUUCAAGAUGGGACGAUAUGGGGAUGCCGUCGAACACUACAAAGAACUCUUGACCUACGUUAAAUCGGCCGUCACGCGCAAUUACUCCGAAAAGUCAAUCAACAACAUGCUGGAUUACAUCGAGAAGGGGUCAGACGAUGAGCAGGCGUAUCACUGCAUGGAGGAGUUCUACUCGUUGACACUACACUCAUUUCAGAACACCAACAACGAGCGCCUGUGGCUAAAGACCAAUAUCAAACUGGCCCGGCUAUGGUUAGAACGCAAGGAGUACGGCCAGCUGAGUAAAAAGGUGCGCGAGCUGCACCGAGCGUGCCAACGGGAGGACGGCAGCGACGAUCCCAGCAAAGGGACGUAUCUGCUCGAGCUGUACGCACUGGAAAUUCAGAUGUACUCGGAAACGCGGAACAACAAACGACUCAAGGCCCUGUACCAGCGCGCGCUUCGGGUGCGGUCGGCGGUGCCGCACCCCAAGAUCAUGGGGAUCAUCCGGGAGUGCGGAGGCAAGAUGCACAUGAGCGAGGAGAACUGGGAAGAAGCGCAGAGCGACUUCUUCGAGUCAUUCCGGAACUACGACGAGGCGGGGUCGAUGCAACGGAUCCAGGUUCUCAAGUACCUGGUGCUGGCCACCAUGCUGAUGAAAUCGGACAUCAACCCAUUCGACUCGCAAGAGACGAAACCCUACAAGAACGACCCUCGGAUCUCGGCAAUGACAGACCUCGUGGAUGCGUUCCAGCGCGACGACAUCCACGCAUACGAGGCAAUCCUAAGCAAGAACCCCGACGUACUCGCAGACCCAUUCAUCGCGGAGAACAUCGACGAAGUCAGCCGCAACAUGCGCACCAAGGCCGUCCUCAAACUGAUCGCGCCAUACACGCGAUUCACACUCCAAUUCAUCUCAAAGCACAUCAAAAUCUCCGUGUCCGAGGUCGAAGACAUCCUCGGGUUCCUGAUCCUGGACAAGAAACUCAACGCCAAGAUCGACCAGGAAAGCGGGACGGUAGUGGUCGAGAGCGCUAGCGACGUGGAUCGACUCCGAUCGGUCGAAGAGUGGAACGCCUCGCUCCGGGCGCUCUGGAGCGCGACGCUGAACGACGGGGACGGGUUCAAGACGGACGAGACGACGCAGCUGCACGGGAUGCGGGCCGGCUCGAUGCUCCAAUCAGGAUUUGGGGACGAGCCACCGAUGGGAGGAGGCUUACGCGCUGGCAACCGCCGAUUACGGGGGUGGAAGAAAGGGCAGGGCCAGGGACACGGGAUGAAGGUUUAACGAUAUUUUAUCCUUUAGUUAGAUCUCAAAGCCGAAGGAAACGAAGGAUGGAUGAGAUGCUAUCCAAGCGAGGAGAGAAAUGCAUAGC